CAAAUGAGAGAGAAGAAUCCAAUCUGCACUUUGAACACGACAGACAGGAAGGAUACCCCUGCUCUGUCAACUCUCAGGAAAGAAAGAAAGAAAAGAAAAGAUCUCAAAGCACUCUCUCUACUACUAUAAUCAUCACCACCACUUUCAGAUUCACAUACAUAGAAAAACGGAAAGUGAAGAUACAAAGAGAGAGAGGGACACAAUUUGAAACAACACAGAGCUAAAAGUAGAAAUCAAUGAUUUUGUUGCAGUCCCAAUCCAGAUUUCUCCUUCAAACAUUAUUAAAUCGUGUACAAAAUCUUGAAAAAGCAGUUGAACUGGAUUACCUUUGGGUGGAGUUUAGUGAUGUUCGUUACCAUAUUCUGGUGUCAACGAAGAAUCCAAAUGUUUUGCUGUUAUCCGUUUCAUUACCAACUCCACCUCCAGAAGCUGUUUUCAUUGGUGGACUUCCGGGUGGAGCCAUUGAAGCUAUAAAGGCUGCUUAUGGUGUGGUUGUACAUAUUCUUGAUCCUCCCAGAGAUGGCUUUAACCUCACUUUGAAACUCAAUUUGGCGAAACUUCCACCUGAUGAAGAGCACAGGUAUGCUCUCUUGGUAAAGAUUGCAUCUGUUAGGGAAGUGGUUCUAGGUGCUCCAUUAAGAGUAGUUUUAAAACAUCUUGCAUCAAGGACUGUUGUUCCUGAUGUAGAUCGGGUGCUGGCUCUUGUGCAUCGGCCAAAGGAGUCUUUCUUCCUUGUUUCUCAGCCAGACAAGGUUACCGUGGUGUUUCCUAUGAGAUUCAAGGACUCCAUAGAUACUGCUUUUGCCACAUCCUUCCUUCAGGAAUUUGUCGAAGCCAGGCGUGCAGCUGGACUUAAUAAUGCUCCUCCUUGCUUGUGGUCUCCUACUCCCCCGCUUGAAUUGAAUGAAGCUCCUGCAGAAGCAUUGUCUGCAAAUGCAGGAUUUGUUUCUUUUGUCAUUUUUCCUCGUCAUGUGGAAGGCAAAAAGCUGGACAGAACAGUGUGGAAUUUAUCAACAUUUCAUGCAUAUGUUAGUUAUCAUGUUAAGUGCUCGGAGGGUUUUAUGCAUACUCGCAUGCGAAGACGUGUAGAGUCUCUUAUUCAGGCUUUGGAUCGUGCAAAACCAGGUGGAGAGGAGAAAAAGAAAUCACCGAAUAGCAGAUCUUUUAAACGGCUGAGCCUCAGUGAAGCUCGAGCUAAUUCAAUUUCUUAAAUGUGGAGUUCUUGUGGCUCCCGUCGAAGAUAUGAAGAUGCUUAUCAAAGAACUUGCCAGAAUCAAUUCAAGGGAGGCUGUUACAAGUGUUUUAUCUUUCUCUAGAAAGGGGAAAAACUAAAAGAAAAAUGAAUAGGAGAUAAAAGCACCGCGUUUAGUUGCCAAUGUGUGUACACUUCUGGUCUUUGUUGGCUCUCUGUUAACCAGAAAGAUCCUAUUUUAUUAUAUCAAUAUUUUUUCAAUC